AUGCCCAGACUCUCCAUCCUCGUCUUCGUCGCCUCACCACUCGACUACGCCCGAUACCGGCAUACAUCAUUAUUUUUUGAGUUCGAGCCAGAAGCAGAAGCAGGAACGAAUCAUACACAGACGGGUGCAGAUGCGGAGUAUAUCAAGUCCUCCUUAAUGGAGGUAAUAGGAUCACCGGGAUUCAUGAGUUUCUCCGAACGCAAAAACUGGGGGACACCUGUUGCAUCUAACACUCUUUACCGGGCUAUACACCUAAGGGAAAAGCCACUAACAAAAUUAUUUGCUGCGUGCUUAGAUCUCGCACGAGUAAUUCCCGUAUCUACACUCCCCAGUUCAAUACCGAUAUCAGCCCUCAGAUCUACAGUCUCCGAAACGCUCAUACGAGAUGGAGAUGGAGACACAGACUGGAAUGGUCAGAACUGGGUCGGUGAUGCUCUAGGUCGACUUGUGGGAGCUGGGUAUCUGGAUUCGGAAGCACGGGAUCGUGGGCUAGAUGCGAUGGUUGAUGUGAUUAUGGAGGCGGCGGACGAGGAAGCCUCUGUUGUUGGGACGUGA